AAGAAACGCCCCCGCCAAGUAGCGGCAAGCGCGCUCCUGCCUCUGGCUUUUCCACCCAGGAGGAGGAGGAGGAGGAGGAGGAGGAAGGCAGGGUUUCCUUCCCAGCGCUGCUUCGGCUUGCCCUGCGCUUUGGAUUUACCUCCUAAGAGGAGCGAAGGCGAGAAGAGCCGUGGAGAGAGAGAGGCGACCUUCUUCGAGGCACCCUGUUGUGCCCCGCCUUCCUCUUUUGCCCCUGGAGGGAUGAGCUUCCAAAGCGGGUGUCGCAGUCCUCCAAGGGAAGGCUUGGCUCCCACCCGACACCUUUGGAGCGGGAUGUACAGCAAAAUGAAGAAACCUGAGAAGAUGUUCAAGCAACCCAGCUGGAAGGCACUGUCCGUAGUGCUGAUUCUCACUCUGGGCCUACCGGAAGUCUCCCUUGCAUGUCCUCGUCCAUGUGCCUGCUAUGUUCCCACUGAAGUUCACUGCACAUUUCGGUCCUUAGGAGCUGUGCCAACAAGCAUUUCUAAGCAUGUGGAACGAAUCAAUCUUGGGUUUAACAGCAUCCAGGCUAUAUCUGAAAAUUCAUUUGCAGGACUUGCGAAAUUGGAAUUGCUCAUGCUUCAUGGCAAUGACAUCCAAAAUAUACCCAAUGGUGCCUUAAAAGAUCUGACAUCAUUACAGGUCUUCAAGAUAAGCUACAACAAGCUGCAAGUUGUAACCGGUCAGACUCUCCAAGGGCUUUCCAGCAUAAUGAGAUUGCACAUGGACCACAACCGCAUUGAAUUCAUCCACCCAAAUGCUUUUAAUGGAUUAACCUCCCUCCGACUUCUCCAUUUGGAAGGAAACUUGCUCCAGCAGCUUCAUUCCAACACAUUUUCUACUUUUUUGGUCCUUGAUUACUUCAGGCUAUCAACAAUAAAACACCUCUACUUGUCUGAAAAUGCCCUCAAAACACUGCCUAAGAGCAUUUUCCAAAAAAUGCCACUGCUAGAGAAUCUCUACCUUCAUGGGAACCCUUGGUCCUGUGACUGUAGGUUGAAAUGGCUUCUUGACUGGAAUGAGAACUCAACAGGUGUCCUCAAGUGCAAAAAAGACAAAGCCUAUGAAGAAGGCCAACUUUGUCCUAAGUGCACUUUCCCCAACCAUUUCCAGAAACAAGACAUUCAAAAUGUAAAAGAUUUUUCCUGCACAAAGCCCAUCAUACAAUCUCCCCUGAAACAGAGUACCAGCUUCAAGGAAGAAGAGGAAGAAGAAGAUGACAAUUCUGAGCUUCCUGUGGAAGAAUUUCAGCUGUCUCCUUGGAACAUAACCUUGAACCUGACUGAUGAACAUGGAAACUUAGUGAAUCUGAACUGUGAAAUCAAAAAACCAACAGAUUCUUCCAAAAUCCAGUGGAACCAGAUCUCUCCUUGGGAAAUUGAGGUCAAUGCUACAAUUUCCCUGGAUUUGGAAUGCCUCAUGAGCCGAGACAAUUAUGAAAAAUUGUGGAAGCUUAUUGCUUAUUACAGUGAAGUGCCUGUCAAGUUAGAAAGGGAGCAUGUGCUGAGCCAUGAACCAAAGUUAAGCUAUCAUUACAAGCAAGGUUCUGAUUAUGAUGCCCUUUACUACACAGGUGUCAAAGGGAGAAUCCUUGCUGAGCCUACCUGGGUGAUGCAACCAUUGAUACACAUUCAAUUAAAUCGACGUCAAAGCACAGGGACAAAAGUGGUGCUCUCUCUUUCUACUAGAGUUUCCCAAACACUUCAGACCCAAGAAAACAGACAGCAGAGAAACAGCUGGGUCAUGAUAGAGCAAGACGAACAUACAAGGGUUGCUCAGAGCGUAGUAAAAGGAUCUGAUGCUCAAUUGAGUUGCAAUGUCAAAGCGUCAGAAAGCCCUUCUAUCAAAUGGAUGCUUCCAGAUGGAACUAAACUGAAGGCUCCAUUCAAAAUGGAAGGCAGCAGGUAUUCUGUCCUCAGCAGUGGUCAGUUAGUUAUCAGAUCAGUGACCUAUGCUGAUUCAGGCAUAUACCACUGUGUUGCUCAAGUGAGAAAUGAUGUAGAUACAAUGUCCUACAGAAUUCAAGUUCAGUCUCCAGUCAUUCAGCCUGCUGACUCUGAGACAACAAAAGUAGAAAAACAUGUAGGGGAUCCCAUACUUCUGCCUUGUAGUGCAGUUGCAAUACCAGAUGCAUAUCUAAGUUGGAUACUCCCAAACAGCCAUGUUCUUCAUGAUGUAUCAAAUUCCUCCAAUGCAUACCUGUUGCACAAUGGGACACUGUUCAUUCCACACAGCCAUAUCAAGGAUAGUGGCUACUACAGAUGUGUAGCUAUCAAUCAACAUGGAUCAGACCAAUUCUCUGUUAAAGUAGCAGUCAAUAAAAUUGUAUCUGAUAGGUCUUCAAAAAGAGCAAAAUUUAAGAAGCACCCUGGUUCAAGGAUCUCUGUAAAAGCAAGGGAGCAGACCAUAGAAGAUGCUGAAGGAUCAGGUGAUGAAGAAUCAGAUGAGACUCUAAGCAAAAAAAUCCACCUGAAGGAUCAUGAAGUAUUGCUUAAACAAAAGAAUGACAACAUUUCUCCUGUUCAAAUUAAAAAGAAUAAAAAAGGAAAGCGCAAAAUGAAAUUAUGGAAAGGGAUGGACAGGACUGAAGAAAUAAAUGUUGCAGAGGGCCGGAGGGUAUUUGAAUCCCGAAGGAGAAUAAAUAUGGCAAACAAACAGAUUAAUCCACAACAUUGGGCCAAUAUUUUGGCAAAAGUCCGUGGGAAAAAUCUUUCUAGACCAACAACAGCAGCAGUUCUUUCUUUAAGGACAACUACAGAGACUCCGUUGGUACAUCAAACCUCCAAAAUUUCUCCUCCUCCCAUUGCCAGCCCCCCACUAAACACUGCUGUGGAAGUAAAUGGAGAUGAGUCAUCUGCAGAUAUGCCACAUUUGAGUGAGACAGAACUAUUUUCAGUCACAUUUUUUCCUAACUUGAAUUCUCAGGAUAAUAAUCAAGAACAAGCACGUUAUCAAACAGUGAGUACCUUGUCCUCUGUAGAAUAUGAACCUCCCAGCACUGCAGAAAAUUGGUACAAGUUAGAAACAUUUGUUACAAAGGAUACUCAGUUCUUUCCAAAUGGACAGACACAGACCUGGGGUCACAGUGAAGUGAACACAGAUCAGGUGGAAUCAGCAGAACUGGAAAGCAUAGAUGGUUUCACCCAAAGGUCCUCAUAUGAAGAAAUAAUAACCAGUUUACCUUAUAUUCAAAUCCCUUUGGUAACAAGGGACAGUGAACAUUCAGCUACACAGUAUGCAUUCUCCUCUUUAGAUCUAUCCCCAGUGCCUCCUUCCCAUGGAAAUGCCCAUUUCUCUGAAGGUCCAGAAACACAAUUACAGCAAAAAAAUAUAAAUGAACUAUAUAAUGCUGUGAUCUCUGUGCAGUCUCCAGUUAGCAAUGAUAUUAAUGUUAAAGCCGCCACCCCUUUUCUUACUUCUGCCUCUCCAGUGAUAGAGUCUGUUCUUCAAAAGGGGAGUAAGAAUUUCUUCAAGCAAAUAAGAAUUUCUUCAGACCCAUUUGAGGAUUCUGAAAGUAUAAUCCUUGAAAACACAAAUACUCAAAAACCAGAAUCCAGUUUUAAUAUAGGAAAUACCAAAAGGCAAAAAUGGAGAGAUGCUAGUGCUGCUACCAACAAGGUGACUACUGUAUCAAUGAUCACAGCAUCUGAAAGAAAAAUUAUGACUUCUGAGCCACAGGUUAUCCAGCAACCGCGAAGGAGAACAUAUGGGAGAAAGAGAUUUAGACCAAAUAGGUUCAGGAGACCAAAGCUUAUAGUUCCUACUGCUAUUACUGAAAAGGAAAUACCUAUUAUUCAAAAACCAUCUAAAACAGAAGCUGCAACACAAAGUUCAUAUGGUUCCACUUUUGGAGAGUAUCAGAAACCUGGUGGUGAAACACAGCAAACAAAAGAAUAUGAAUCUUUGGAAGUCAGUUCUUUAUUAACUGUAUCUGUUACUCCAUUACAAAGCCCCACCAAAGCUCAAGACAAUGAAGUGGCUUCAACUCUUCAACUUUUUACUUCAUUGCCUAAAACAUCUGUAAUUCCUUUUAAUAGUGUCCAGGAAUUUGAAGGGCACAACAUAGUAUCAACACAGGAAUCACCAAUGACAUCUCCUAUGAAACAGCUAGAUUUAUCUCAUCACUCAGAGCAUGGGAAUGAUGAGAUACCUACAGAUAAUGAAUUGUUCAAAGUUUUGGAAGGUAAUGACAUUAGAGCAAAUAAUGAAAUUACAAAGGCAUAUAGGACAAGAACUUCAGCUCCUAUACAGAGUUUUACCAACUCACUGUCACUCCCUGACUUGAGUCCCUCGAUGAUUCCAGAAUUUGCUGAAGAAUCUCUUCCUUUUGGCCCAUCAACAGAGAUUGCACUUAACCCAAGAAUACCUUUAUUAAGACUGUUCACUGUACAACACAUGACUACUGUUAAGAAUACAGAGGAGCACCAGAUGGCUCCUCCAAUUGCAGCAGAAGUGCACAAUGUUUCAGAAACUCCACCAAUAACUUCAGUUGCAACAUCUUCCCCUCAGAGGGAAACAAUAACUUCAUCUCAUCAUAGUACUUUGAGUGAUCGCCUUUUCACACCUACUGAAAUAAAAGAAAUAAUUAAUCCUUGGCAAAGCAGAACAUCCAUAUUCUUAUCUUCAAAGGAAAGUACUGCUCAAUUCCAUGAUCAUCAUGAUCAAACUACUGUAUAUAAUAGCGGGAAAAAUGAUUCUCCAGUUUUACCAGUUGCAUCUGUACCUUUAGCCACUACUUUUCUUCCAAUAAUCCAGAGAAAUCUUACUUUGUCAGAUCCUUUUUCUACAAAGAAAAAUUACACAUCUGGCAUGGCAGCACAUCCAGACAACAAAGGACCCACUGGCGACAAUGCUAGAGCAAAAUUUAGCUCAAGACAGAAUGAACUUUUCACUUUCCAUUCUAACCACAACAGAAUAACCACACAACAAAAGCAAGGACAAUUGAAAGAGCCAUACGGUGGCAGAUCAUACAACAGCCUUAGUCCAAAUAUUCCUAGACAGCAAAUACCCAUUUUUAACCAGCCACCUAUUUUUGUACCUCCAAAACACAUUCCUGUAAGAGGGACCAUAAGACCUCCUUAUCUCAUGGUACCAAGCCUAUUUCAUCAUUUUGUGACCCAGCAGCCUCCCGUUCACUAUACCAACAAACCUGAGAUUACAGCAUAUGCAGCACAAACUACACAGGACAGAAAAAACUCUUCACACAGAGAGACAUUUCCCACUACAACAGCUGCCCCAUUAUACAGACCAAAGGUGCAUACUCCAAGCAGAUAUGGCAACCAGGGUGAAACCCGCUACACCAUUCAUCCCAGGCUUUUUGCCAGUAACUAUCUUCCUGAAGUCAGAGAUAAGUCUGGAAAAACAAUAAAUCAAGCUGUGCCACAGUUUACUAAUUCCAGGAUACCAUACCUGAUUAACAGAACCAGGGUGUUGCAACACUUAGGAGUAAACUCUAAACCUGUGGUGCCAGAUAUGCACACUCCAUUGAACACCACUGAGAAGAAAUUUCUCCCACCCACAAGGACUGUAACACAAAGUACCUCUCUAAAAGCCACAACAAUGCCACCACCUCCUAUUUCCUUGGUUACUGUACCACCAACCACAAUUGUCACUCCUAUAUUCCUGACUCAAAGUACUAGAUCUCAGAAAGUUUCAAGUAUGCCAUCUUCCAGAAACAUCCAUCAUAAUAAUCCAAAUGUACUGCUUGUGCCUAAAUUGGGAGGGGUGCAACCUCUGAAUACCAGCACCAUGCAGUCUUCUUCACAAUUCAGGGCACAAGGGCAAAGGCCUACGAUUAUAGCCAAAAUGGCAAAUAGUUUAUCCAUCCUUGCUGAGUCAGACGCUGUUAUCCCAUGUGAUGCCACAGGGGAACCUAAACCAGUUAUUUCCUGGACAAAAAUCUCAACAGGAGCAUUGAUGACAGCCAGUACAAGAAUACAACGUUUUGAAGUCCUGAAAAAUGGCACAUUCAUUAUUCAUAAUGUUCAGCUUCAGGACCGUGGACAGUAUUUGUGCAGUGCUCAGAACAUGCAUGGCACUGAUAAAAUGACUGUCUUGCUGACUGUCUUAGCCUACCAGCCCAAAAUACUGGGUCCACGAUUCAAAGAUAUGACAGUUUAUUUUGGAGAAAAAGUGACCAUGGAUUGCCAAGCCAGUGGAAUCCCAAACCCACACAUUUCUUGGAUUUUUCCUGAUCGGAAAAUUUUACAGGCUGUUACCACUACAGAGGGAAGAGUGAUGCUGUAUGAAAACCGAACUUUGUCUCUCAAGGACACUAACUUCUCAGACCGGGGAGUGUACAAGUGCAUAGCCAACAAUGCGGCAGGAGCCGAUAGUAUUGCUGUAAGACUUAACAUAGCUGCUCUGCCACCUAUUAUCCAGCAGGAGAAAGUCGAAAACAUUUCCCUAAGUGUAGGGCAGAACAUUAACAUUCACUGCAGUGCCAAAGCAGCUCCUUUGCCUGGCAUCCGCUGGGUGCUUUAUGAUGGAACACAGAUCCGAACCUCUCAGUUUGUCCAUGGAAAUCUUUUUGUUUUUCCAAAUGGAACACUUUACAUACGCAAUGUCUCAUCCAAAGAUAGUGGGAGCUAUGAAUGUAUUGCAGCCAAUAUGGUUGGGGCUGCCAGGAGAACUGUAUGGCUGCAAGUCAAAAAGCAGUCUACAAAUGCCAAGAUCACUGGGACCUCUCCUCAGAGAACAGAUGUGACAUAUGGCAGUGCCCUCCGAUUGGAUUGCAGUGCAUCUGGUGACCCAUGGCCACGAAUACUCUGGAGACUCCCUUCAAAAAGGAUGGUGGAUUCUCUACAUAGUUUGGACAGCAGAAUCAAGGUAUUUGGAAAUGGAACUUUGGUUGUCCAUUCUGUCACCGAUAAAGAUGCAGGAGACUAUUUGUGUGUAGCCCGCAAUAAGAUUGGUGAUGACUAUGUGAUUCUCAAAGUAAAUGUGAUGAUGAAACCUGCCAAAAUUGAACACAAGAAUGAGAAUAAUCACAAAGUGAUCUACGGAGGAGACCUGAAAGUUGACUGUGUGGCUACAGGCCUACCAAACCCUGAGAUCUCCUGGAGUCUUCCAGAUGGUAGCAUGAUAAACACUUUCAUGCAGUCAGAUGACAGUGGAAUCCGUACCAAAAGAUAUGUGGUGUUCAACAAUGGGACAUUGUACUUCAAUGAUGUGGGGCUGAGAGAAGAGGGUGACUACACCUGCUAUGCUGAGAACCAGAUAGGUAAAGAUGAGAUGAAAGUACGAGUCAAAGUAGUGGCUGAACCUGCCAUAAUCAGGAAUAAAACCUACACAGUGCUCAACGUACCAUAUGGGGAUGUGGUGUCUGUAGGAUGUGAAGCCAAAGGAGAGCCCACACCAAAAAUAAUCUGGCUGUCUCCAAGCAACAGGCCUAUCCCACUUCUUUCAGAUAAAUACCAGAUAUACAGAGAUGGGACCCUUCUCAUACAGAAAGCCCAAAGAUCUGACAGUGGCAACUAUACAUGUGUAGUCCGGAACAGUGCUGGAGAAGAUCGGAAAGUUGUCUGGAUUCAUGUCAAUGUUCAGCCUCCCAAAAUCAAUGGGUAUCCCAGCACGAUCACUUCAGUGAGAGAAAUGGCUCUGAGAGACAGCCGUAAGCUAAUUGACUGUAAAGCAGAGGGUAUCCCAUCUCCAAGGGUCAUGUGGGCUUUCCCAGAAGGGGUCAUCUUGCCUGCCCCCUAUUAUGGGAACAGAAUCACAGUUCAUCGCAAUGGCACACUAGAUAUUCGUGGUGUGAGGCAGACAGAUUCAGUGCAGCUGGUGUGCAUUGGCAGGAAUGAAGGGGGAGAGGCCAGACUGAUUGUCCAGUUUCAGGUCACGGACCAUGUGGAGAAGCCUACCUUUAGGGAUCCGACCACAGAAAGGAUCACCGCUGCAGCAGGUCACAGCAUCAACUUGAACUGCUCAGUCCAUGGGAACCCUCAACCCAGCACAGCCUGGAUCCUUCCCAAUGGCACUGAGCUGCAGAAGGGCAGCCAUUUGCAGAGGUUUUAUCACAAGAAGGAUGGCAUCCUGCACAUCAGUGCCCUGUCUGCAAUGGAUGCUGGGACUUACCGCUGCACAGCCCGGAAUCCUGGAGGCUAUGUGGAGAGGAUGGUCUUCCUCAAAGUGGGACUGAAACCAGAAAUUAGCAAUCAGUAUAACAACCUGGUGAGCAUCAUCAAUGGAGAGACCCUGCAGCUUCACUGCAUCACACAGCCCAGCCAGCGGGCACGCAUCACCUGGACUCUGCCCAAUGGAAUGAAGUUAGACAGUCCGCAAACUCAUGGGAGAUUCUCCCUGUCAGAAAAUGGCUCUCUUACUGUGCGUGAGGCAUCUGUCUUUGACCGAGGGACGUACCUAUGCAAGGUGGCAACUGAGUACGGCUCUUCUCUGAUGAAUGUCCCAGUAAUUGUGAUAGCCUACCCACCCCGGAUCACAAGUGAGCCAGCUCCAGUCAUUUAUGCAAGGCCAGGAAAUACAGUGAAGCUGAAUUGUAUGGCCAUUGGGAUCCCUAAAGCAGAAAUAACAUGGGAACUUCCAGACAAAUCACAUCUGACAACAGGAGCUCAGUCCCGUUUGUAUGGAAACAAAUUCCUUCACCCUCAGGGUUCAUUAAUCAUCCAGCAGGCUACACAAAGAGAUGCAGGCUUCUACAAAUGCACGGCUAAAAAUAUAUUAGGCAGUGAUUCAAAAGCAACCUACAUACACAUAUUCUGAAGUUCAAACAAUUGCUCUUGAAUACACACAAAUAUCUAAAGUCCCCACCAAGUAAGCAGUUGCUAAAUGAAACCAGUUGUCCCAAGGAAAUAAGCAGUUGUACCAGAAAUGAAGGUAAGACAUAGUUUAUCUUUGGGAAAUAAUCAAAAUACUAUUCAGGUAAUAAAUCAGAAAUGGUCUCUGAACUAUUACUAUCAUGCAAUUGGUUGUCUUGCCCAUUUUCCUUCGAAUCUGAGACCAGAAAUUGUGAUGGAAGGCAGGAGCACAAGAGUACAGCAGUGUUUCAGGACAAGCUUGUGAACCUCUAAUAUAUUCAAAUUUUGCUUUUGAAUCUUGUAGGUGUAAACAAAAAAAUCAAUCUAGCCAAAAUUAACGACUGGGAAAUGCCCUAGUGAUCCCUUACUGUGGCAGGAUUGUCCCCUGUCAGCUUUAAGCCAUUUUCCUAUGGCAUCACUAUGUCAGUUUCUCCCCUUUUGUGUGUAAUUUAUAGAAAGAAUCACAUCAUGACACAAUGGCAGCACAUAGUGAACUUUUCAGCUCCCAUUCUGGGUUACUGGGUGCCACAAAUCGUUGUGGUAGAGUUCAAAAUGGGGCUGCACAAUGAUAAGUCUAGGGAGCCUGUGAUUUUCCAGGUGAACAUUAACCACUACUUUUAUCACACCUCCUCAUUGGCUAGCAUACAAAGUUUGGUGGUCCACAUUGGAGUCUAAGUUCUGAAGGGAGAUUGUACUAUAUGGUGAUUUAAGACUGCAAUUUUCAGGAAAAACAGGAGCAAAUAACAAGUGCUUUUAGCAUAAGUCCACUUCACAUAUUUAAAUAUCAUAUUCACACACCUUGUGCUAUUGUGAGAUGUUGACUGGAGAAAGGGGAAAUUAGAAUAUAAAUUUGCAAAUGUAUAUUUUUGAAAGCAAAUCCAGAAAAGGGAAUUAAUUAAUUGUCCUUGUUCCAGCCAAUUUUGAUGGUAUUUGCAAGUGUGGAACCUAAAAUACUCAGCUUCAGAUUGUCCAUAUCCAUUCUUUAAUGCAACAAGCAUCUUCAAAUACAAGAGCUGAACUUUGAGAAGACCGUAAUUCCCUGACAUGAAUUAUUAUAGUCAAGCCUCCAUGGCUAAUGAUUGCUAAUUACUUUCUGUCCAUUCUUCUGUUAACUCUCCAAGAUCUGUUAACUUUGCAAAUUAAAACAAAAAGAAAAGAAAAUCCCAGAUCUUGUUCCAGCACAAGUUAGCAAUAAUUACUAUAGCAAUGCAAGUGCCUCACAGCAAGGGAAUCCCUGGCUAACUUCAGUCAUUCUUUCUGUUAUAUAUGUGUGUGUGUGUGUUUUCAGACUAUGAGACUGGAAGAAUAACAGUGACCUGUGUCUCAAUGUAUAAAUUAUUGGUCUUUACAAGACUCUGAUAUUUCUACUGUGUUUUAUAUAAUAUUAAGAUCAGUAUAUUGUAUGUUUUAUAAUAAAAAAUAUUUUUCACAGAG